AUGACGGCUAAGAACGCAAUGUUUGCUCGUCUGUACGAGGAGCUCGAGGUCAAAGGCGGGGACAAGAGGUUGUACCGGUUGGCCAAGGUGAGGGAGAGGAAAGCCCGUGACUUAGACCAAGUCAAGUGCAUCAAGGACGAGGAUGGCAAAGUGUUGAUGGACGAGGCACUCAUUAGGAGAAGGUGGCAGACAUACUUCCAUAAACUGUUGAAUGAGGAGGGGGAUAGACACAUUGUGCUGGGUGAGUUGGAGCACUCCGAGAGUUGGCGAGAUUUUGGGUAUUGUAGGCGGAUUAUGGUGGAGGUGGAAGGGGCGAUGCGUAAGAUGUGCAGGGGCAGAGCAACGGGGCCAGACGAAAUCCCGACUUCACUCUUCACUGUUCUCUUCAGUUGUUGUCGUCGCCGACCAGUCUUGCCGAGACAGAAGGAGGUAGAGGGAGAAAAAGGAGAAAGAGAACUCCUCAAUUCAAUGGCGAGAAGCCUCAUUUCUCAUGUCCGUAUCCUCUUCUCAGAAACCCAGUUAAGAACUUUCAGUAGCCAAGUGGAGGAACUAAGGAAUCGGAUUAUAGAAGGAAAACCUAGGAUCAUGACUCCAAACUCGAAACGGACAGGAGCAAUAGCCGUAAAAUGUGGAAUGACAGCACUCUGGGACAAAUGGGGGGAACGCCUCCCCAUCACCAUCCUUUGGCUUGACGAUAACAUUGUUUCUCAGGUCAAAACCCCGGAGAAAGAAGGCAUCUCUGCCCUACAGAUUGGGUGUGCUCACAAAAAGGAGAAGCAUUUGACAAAACCUGAAGUAGGUCAUUUUAGAGCACAAGGUGUGCCCAUGAAGAGAAAGUUGAAGGAAUUUCCAGUUACCGAAGAUGCUCUUCUUCCUGGUGGAACAAGCAUCAGUGUCCGCCAUUUCGUUCCUGGCCAGUAUGUGGAUGUUACUGGAAUUACAAGAGGAAAAGGUUUUCAGGGUGGGAUGAAAAGAUGGGGGUUUAAAGGUAUGCCUGCAUCACAUGGUGCUUCAUUAUCCCACAGAAGUAUUGGUUCGACAGGUCAAAGAGAUGCUCCAGGAAAGGUAUUUAAAGGGAGAAAGAUGCCUGGGCGCAUGGGUGGAGUGCAACGAACUGUUAAAAAUGUUUGGGUCUACAAGAUUGAUCCUGCCAGAAACUUGAUGUGGGUCAAAGGCCAGGUUCCGGGAGCUGAAGGUAACUUUGUGUUCAUCAAAGAUUCUGUGUACAAGAAGCCAGAUAUUUCAACGCUUCCAUUUCCCACGUACUUUGCCCCAGAAGAUGAAGACCAAGCUGAUUUGGAACCACUAGUGGCGGAUCUUGGUGGUACAGACCCGUUUAUGGCUGCUGAUUAGUUGCAGGCAACCUAGCUGCGGACUAAGGCAUUUUCAUUGUCCGUUCUUUUGCCUUUUUAUUUUCUUUAACAAGAAGCAGUGAAGUGGUUUUGCAUGGGCAGGGCCUUGUUGAGAAGGAACUUAUUUGUAGUAGUAUUUUCACAGUUUCUCUGGCUGAUGGCAUUCAACUCAAGUAGUAAUUUUUUGAGUUGUAGUACAAAUUUUAGCUACUUCUUGUUGAAUAGGGCGAAAUGUUGUUAUAGCAUGAUUCAACACCUCAUCCAGGGAAGUUGUACAGGCACAGUCUGAUUUUGUUGUUGCUGGAUGACUAGAGCUAAUAAAAGAAAUGUGAAUGGAGAGUUAUAAACGACAAUAGUUUGUCAUUUUACUUGUAUUCGGAUUCAAAGCUCUACCUUUGUUGGUCUCAAAUAAAGUGUUUUUGACAUGA